CCUGUUUGUUUUUGUUUAGAGCAAAAAUAUUGAAACCCAUUUCGCGCCUUUUUCACCGAAUACAAUUCUAGUGCUCAUUAUUCAAUUACUUGCGUCUACAUGCAUGAUAGCGAUAAUUUAAUAAAGCAAGAUGAACAGGAAACCUUUUUCAACACAUUCUGCUCCGAAGAAGGCCAAAUAUCAGAACGAAGAUGAGGACGAUUACCCUGGUUCGUUUGAAGCAGAAUUGGCUAAUAUGGAUGAAAUAGAUGAUGAUUUUGGAGAUGCAUCACAAGCUAUUGAAGAGCCAGCUGAUGUACCAUUAAAAAAUGAAUCAAAAGCAGGUCCUGAACAAGAAAACACAUUUUCAAAGUGGAAUAGACCUCCUCCACCACAACUAAAUCCACAAAAGGAUGGGUUAACUUUUCAACAAAUAGAAAUUGACCAUUACAUAGGUGCACCAUUACAUGGAAUGCCUGGAAGUAAAAUAGGUCCUGUACCAAUAAUGAGAAUGUACGGUGUCACAGAACUGGGAAACUCUGUUUGUUGCCAUGUCCAUGGAUUUUGUCCUUACUUGUACGUUUUAGCACCACCUAACUUUACAGAUCAUCACUGCAAGCCAUUCAAGGAUGCUUUGGAUAAAGCUGUGUUAAAAGAUAUGAGGUCAAAUCCAUAUAAUAUUGGGGAAGCCAUCUUAGCCGUCGAGCGAGUAUAUAAACAAAAUAUGUUUGGAUACACAGGAAAUGAGAAAUCACUGUUUUUAAAAAUUACAGUAGCAGUGCCAAAAUUGAUAGCACCUUGUAAGAGGUUGCUCGAGAAUGAAGUCAUUUUUACUGAAUUUAAUCACAAGUACAGUGCCUUUGAAAGCAAUAUCGAUUUUGAUAUUAGGUUCAUGGUCGACAGAUCAGUUGUUGGGUGUUCAUGGAUCGAAUUGCCUGCAAAAACUUGGAAAUUACGCGGUCAUCACGGACAUAACUUACCAUUGACUACAAGAUGCCAAAUAGAAGUAGAUGUUGCAUGGGAUAGCUUCAUUGCUCAUGCACCAGAAGGAGAAUGGUCGAAACUUGCACCAUUCAGAAUACUUAGUUUCGAUAUUGAAUGCGCGGGACGUAAAGGCAUUUUCCCCGAACCAAAUCACGAUCCUGUCAUACAAAUUGCCAAUAUGGUGAUAAGGCAAGGAGAACCAGAACCUUUUUUACGAAAUAUUUUUACGCUUGAUACGUGUGCGCCUAUCGUUGGUUGCCAAGUCAUAAGUUCUGAUAAAGAAAGCGUAAUGUUGGAGAAAUGGGCUGACUUCGUGAGACAAUCAGAUCCUGAUAUUUUUACAGGUUACAACAUAAAUAAUUUUGACUUCCCUUAUUUAAUUAAUCGUGCAAAGCAUCUUAAUGUGAAAAACUUCGAAUACCUUGGUAGAAUAAAAAAUAUAAAGUCUGUGAUUAAAACUCAAGUACUUCAGAGCAAACAGAUGGGUAAACGUGAGAAUAAAUCCAUCAACUUUGAUGGGAGAGUUCCAUUUGACCUCUUACUGGUUCUGGUCAGAGAUUACAAACUGCGAUCUUACACUUUGAACGCCGUCUCUUAUCACUUUCUGCAGGAGCAGAAAGAAGACGUUCACCACAGUAUUAUCACAGAUUUACAAAAUGGCAACGCGCAGACACGUCGAAGGCUUGCUGUUUAUUGUUUGAAGGACGCCUACUUACCGCUCAGAUUGUUGGAUAAAUUAAUGUGUAUUAUUAUUUACAUGGAAAUGGCAAGAGUUACCGGCGUUUCUAUAUACAGUUUGUUAACGCGUGGACAGCAGAUAAAAGUUAUCUCACAGCUUUUAAGAAAGACUCGAGAGAAAAAUUACUUGAUGCCCGUACACCAUGGCCAAGGUAGCGAAGAACAGUUCGAGGGUGCUACAGUAAUAGAACCGAAACGUGGAUACUAUAGUGACCCUAUUGCUACUUUGGAUUUCAGUUCCCUGUAUCCCAGUAUUAUUAUGGCGCACAAUUUAUGUUAUACGACGCUAUUGAAUCACGAGAGACAAGUUAAAUAUAAAAUCAACGCUGACGACAUAACUGUGACUCCGAGCAACUCGAAGUUCAUCAAAGGUAACGUAAGAAAAGGGAUCCUUCCUGAAAUUUUGGAGAAUCUUUUAUCGGCCAGAAAGGUAGCAAAGGCUGAAUUAAAGAAAGAGACUGAUCCGUUGAAGCAGAAGGUCUUGGAUGGUAGACAGUAUGCUUUGAAAGUAUCAGCUAACUCUGUGUAUGGCUUCACCGGCGCCCAAAUGGGGAAGUUACCGUGUUUGGAAAUAUCAGCGAGUGUAACUGCAUACGGACGCACCAUGAUAGAACAAACAAAACAUGAAGUAGAGAAAAAGUACUGUGUAUCAAAUGGAUACAACAAUGAUGCUGUUGUUAUAUACGGAGACACUGAUUCAGUCAUGGUUAAAUUUGGCGUUAAGACCAUCGAAGAAGCAAUGGAACUUGGAAGAGAAGCAGCGGAAUAUGUAACGUCGAAAUUCCUCAAGCCUAUAAAAUUAGAGUUUGAAAAAGUAUAUUUCCCAUAUUUAUUAAUUAACAAAAAGAGGUACGCUGGUUUGUAUUUUACACGUCCCGAUAAGUACGAUAAAAUGGAUUGCAAGGGUCUUGAAACGGUGCGGAGAGACAAUUGUCCCUUGGUAGCGAACAUGAUGAAUACGUGCUUGCAGAAAUUACUCAUCGACAGGAAUCCCACUGAAGCGCUAAAUUAUGCGAAGCAAAUUAUAAGCGAUCUUUUAUGUAACCGCAUCGACAUAUCUCAGCUGGUGGUGACGAAAGAGUUAACCAAAACUGACUAUACAGCCAAGCAAGCGCACGUGGAGUUAGCAGCAAAAAUGAAGAAACGAGACGCGGGAACCGCUCCUAAACUCGGAGACAGAGUUCCCUAUGUCUUCAUAAAGGCUGCAAAGGGAACACCUGCUUAUCAGAAAGCAGAGGAUCCAAUCUAUGUGUUAGAGAACAAUAUUCCCAUUGACACGAAUUAUUAUUUAGAAAAUCAAUUGUCCAAACCACUUGUACGUAUCUUCGAACCAAUUCUGGGCGAUAAGGCGGAAUCUCUUUUGCUGAAAGGAGAUCAUACGCGCACAAGAUCCGUUGCCACAUCCAAAGUCGGUGCCCUCUCUGCCUUCACACGUAAGAAGGAAGUGUGCUUAGGUUGCAAAGCUGUUUUAACACCGAACAGGGAGAAGAUAGCUCUGUGUCAAUAUUGUGAACCAAAGGAGGCCGAAUUCUUUCAGACUGAAUUGUAUGCUGGUAGAAAAUUGGAAGAAAAAUUUUGUAGGUUAUGGACGGAAUGUCAAAGAUGUCAGGGAAGUCUUCAUCAAGAAGUAAUUUGCACGAGUCGUGACUGCCCGAUAUUCUACAUGAGAAAGAAGGUUCAGAUGGAAUUGGACACCCAAAUGAAACGUAUCGAAAGAUUUGGAAUUCCAGAGUGGUAGUCAUUGGAAGACAUGCUUAGCGCGUUCGACAGCCAAUCCAUCGCUUGGUCGAGACCCUCGCCUUUCGUCGCGGAUGUUUUAAAUAUUUGGAACGUUCUGUUUUUAAGGGCGUCCAAUCCAAGCGCCUGAUGAACUUCGGCAACGCUUAAACAACCUGCCAU